CUCCGCUAAAAUACAUCCUCUACUGGAACGAGUUUUACGGCUCGAUGGAGUUUGAGUGGGGCUCUGGCCAGAAGCCGUUCAUCGAAAACGGCUGCGAGGUCAACACCUGCUUCGGCACAAACAACCGCAGUCUGCUCCGAAUGGACCAGUUUGACGCCAUUCUGUUUCACGUGCAAACCGUGAGCCUGUUCGGCUGGCCUGAUAUCCGUUCUCCGCAUCAGCGCUACGUGUUUGUGACGAUGGAGUCGGCCCAGUACCUGACGAUUCCGCUCACAUCGAGCAAGUACAAGAGUGCCUUCAACCUGACGCUGACAUACCGGCGCGACUCGGACUUUCCCUACCUGUACGGGGCCAUGGAGCCAGUGCCGUCCCCACCUCCCACCUCGACCCGAAACUACGCCGCCGGCAAGACCAAACUGGUGGCCUGGUUCGUAUCGCACUGUUCAUCGAUGAGCAAUCGAGGAAAGUAUGUGAAGCUCCUUCAAAAGUAUAUACCAGUGGAUGUCUACGGUACAUGUGGCCCACUGAAGUGCCCCAGAAGUGCGGACAACAACUGCCAUAAAACUUUACUUAACAACGAUUACAAGUUUUACCUAUCGGAGUGA